CUAAAACUAGAGCUGCAAGAACGAUUGAUACUUUUGGUGAUAGCAAUGAUGACAUUAACGUCGCUAAUUAUGUGCCAAGAACCAUCAACGUAGUAGACUUUGCAGAGGCUAGAGCUUUCGAAAUUAAUGCAAUGAAUGAUGCUUUGGAACGUGCAAGACAAACAAGGAAUACUAAUGUGAUUCAAUAUCUCCCUCGUCAUCUCCGGCGACGAGCUGCAAGCCAUAAUGUUAAACGUCUACCGGCUCGUUUAAGAAAGCAAGCAGCUGAAGAGAUAGUAAAAUCUACCAAGAAACCGAACAGGCGCAAAAAAAGGCGUCCUGGAUCAUUGGCUGACGAAUAUAAGCGAAGACAAGGUACCAAAAGAUGGCUAGAAACUCAUAUCUGGCAUGCUAAGAGAAUGAAGAUGAUCGAAUUGUGGGGCCAUAAAUUGGCAGAAUAUCCAAAUGAGAAAAGUAUUAAAUCCUCUUAUAGAGCAAGUCAACAUCUUUCUAUUAUUCAUGAUGCUUCUUAUUUUGGAUGGAUUCAAAUAUCGGGCGAUCAAAAUGUUAUUAUCAAACUAUUAAAUAGCGUGACUGAUCCAUCCCUUCCUUCAAUUGGAAGUGAAAGAUAUUUAAAUGGGAAGCGGCAAUGUUCUACUUUUUUAUACCAUUACCUCAUGUAUCCAACUCAUGUUGUCGCGCCAAUAAACCUGAUAUGGAGACCAGCUUCCGUAAUUGACACAAGUGCAGAAAAUAAUAAAGUCACAAGGCAUGUGUUAAUAUGGGUUCAUGGAUGUGCUUUUGACGAAGUUUUUGAAACACUAGAGAUUGCUAUUGAGAAAAUGGAAUUACAAAGUGAAAUAUCCAUUUCAAACCUUCAAGAUGAAUUUUUGAUAUUUGAAUUAACGGGUCCGAGAUCAACUGCGUUAUUACAAGAAGUAUUAGAUAUUGCUGACGUUGCUUCUGGUUCCAAUACCGAGAGUUCAUUGGACAUAAAUACUAGCGUCAAUAUUGAUACCGAGAUUAGGGAGGUAAAGAAAACCUGCAUUAAUAGUGAAGCACAUAAGACUUGGGCUACGUUACGAGAUUUACGUAGUUCAGCGUCCUUACCACCAGGAGUUGUACUUGGACUAACUGUUUUUGAUCCACGAUUGCGUUUUCCAAAAAAAGUUCCACCACGCACUUCACAAAUUUCUCCGUCAUCAUCAACUGCGUUACAAAGAUUACUAUUAAGUUGGCCUAAUAAUGUUGCAAAUUGUGAUAUAUGGGAUGAGAAAUGUAGAAAUCAUUUGAAAACGAAUAAAAUUAAGGAUGGUCAAAGACUCAUUCCAACGCCUAUAGAUUCUUUGAUUCCAAUACUAUUAAUUCAACGAGAUGGUCUCAUUACCACGUCUAAUAAAUCGGAUAACGACGUUGACUCGAAGAGAGAUCUGAAAAAUAAUGUAGCAUCAUCAGAAUACAAUUGUGGAUGGAAUCUGAUUAUGCCAAGUGGGUGGGGAAUGGAUUUUUGGAAAAGUUUUGUGUUUGCUGGUGCUUGGGUUGGUGGAUUAAGAGAACGGCACUCUAAUCAUUUUGAAUCCGGCAUGCAAUGUUUUCCUUACGACUUUCCAAGUACGAGAUCAUAUAAUCUUUAUUCAAAACAACAAAAAGAGAAGCAUGAACAAGAAUAUUUAAAGAAACCGCCAGCUAAAAGAGUAAAUUAUAAAAAGUUACAAGUGAAUAGUCCUUUUGAACCUGGAUUUGAGGCAUUGAUGGGGAUAAAGCCAACGAAAGAUGGCAGUAAUAUUACUAGUGGUGAUGUAGAUAAGGAAAAAGAUGAUAUAAAAGAGACAAAAGAAAUUAUUGAAGGAGAUAUUGAUAAUAUGGAUGAAGGAAAAAUGACCGACGAUAAACCGUUGUCGAGAACACAAUAUAAUAAACUAGUUGCUGAACAGAAACUAUGGUUACUUCGAGGUGCAAAAAAUAUUAAACUUCUUCAAAGAUAUUGUUUAUCUACACAUCCCGAUAGUGUUGAAGGGCUUUGGGCAGAAUUACAGACGCAAAUUAAGGAAUCGUUUGCGAAACGUGGGAUUUCCUUAUUGCCAGAAGCUAGUGGUUGUUUUAGUUUGGAAAAAGCAUUAGUAAAUGUUAGAAUAAAUUUAUUGGCUAGAGGGUGUCCAAAAUGGAACGCUAUUAUUUAUAAAGUUGGAAACAAAAAUACUUAUCAAAAAUGGGAGAGAAAAAUAAGAAAAAGUGAUGAUUAUAAGGAAUAUUUAGACGACGAAAUAAAUGAUAAGGAGGUUCCAUGUGCAGAUGAUAUAAUCGGAUACAUAAUAACCGGUCAAUUUUCUUUUAGUCAAGGACAUGGAUUUGGAAUUGGAUGUUGUUCUGUUACCAAAUGUUUAGAAAUGAUCAAGUUUGAACGAAGGUAUAUUUAA